CAGUUGUUCUCGGUCGCCGGGAGGAGAAGGAAGGCAGCAGUAGGUGGCGCUCUCACCACAUUCACCCGUAAAGCGCUGCUGGCAGCAGCCCCGCUCUUUCUCGCGGUAUUUGACACUGACAAGGAAGUCAUGCUGUCAUUCUAAAAGCCGGUUUUAGAGCUCAGCUGUUUUCAGUCAAACGUUCUUUUUUAAACAAAUGCAGUCAACGAAUGUUUCUGUACAAAUAGAGAGUGAGAGCAUCACGUGUCAGGCUGUUUUCCCUCCGAUUGAGAUGUGUGUCAUCCGCAUAGGUCACAUGGAAUCUGGACGGAUUCACCAGUCAUUCAUCCUCAGAGAUAUUCAUCCUCGUUUACACUUAAGUAUAUUUGUUUAGUGUAUAUAUCAAUAACUGUAGUUCUAAAUAUAUCCUCCUAUAAACACUGUAGCGCUAUGUAUAACUCUGAGAGGAUCCCUGAAACAAGUAACGUUAUCGAUCAGAACCAAACUAAUGGAUGCAGAAGUGAUGUGAACUCUGACGGCACAGAUCAAAAUAAAGACCCCACUGAUUCAAUCCCAAGAGGACCUUCCAGAAGAAUCGUUCUUCACUUGGAUCUCAACAACACAAUCCUUGUAUCUGACGCAGUCACAAAACAAGGAACUGUAGCUGCUCUUGAAUACUUCCUGUCCACGGUGACCUGGGGGCGCAUGACAAAAGGUAAAUGGGAGUGGUUGUCAGAAGCACCAUCUCUCCUCCAGCCUUGUGAGGCCGCCAUCACGUACUACUCUCAGUUUGGCCGAGUGGCAGGCUUCACCACCGUAGGUCCUGGCCGACGGUUCCGGAAGGUCCUGGAGGAACAUCUAGAGCUACUCCGAUGGCCGUCUGACUUACCUGCAGAUAAAGAGUUGUCUGUUAAGGGAGAAGAUGGGAAGCUGUAUCACUGGAUCCUCCCUUCCUUCUUCCAGAUGCUGCAGGACUUGGUUUCACAGGGUGUGGAGUUCUCCAUCCUGUUCCGUACAUUCGGCACAGAUCUGCCCCGUGUUCUCAAUGCUGUCAAGCAUGCUGUAGAGCAGGGCUCGCAUCCGCUAUUCCCCGACCUCCCGGCUCUGAAGCUGAGGGUGAACGUGACCGCCGGACGCAUCAAGUGCAGCAGUAAGGGCGCAACACUGAUUCGUGGAGAAGAACAUGUGUCGACAAGGGAUGGAGAACGGCAUGUUUACCAGUACCUGAGCUCUGCUGAGGGUCUGGGUGGCUUCCAAGACCACUUUGACUGGUGGGCACGGAAUACAUACUCCAUUUUAGGAGGAAAACCAGUCUGGAUUGACCCUUUUGACCCCAAAGUUCAGCAUAUCUUCAUUGAUGACAACAUUAGGCAAAACGAUGAGGACACUAUUGUCCAUCCUAAGGUGUUUCUGGACCCUGAGGGCUUGCAGACUCGAACAGCCUCCACAUCAGAGCUGUAUGAUCUGUGUCUGGUACAGAACGACCUGCUGAAGGCCAUUUCUGAGCCUGGAUAUUUCACUCGACGCAUCCAGAUCUGCAUGGAGAACUAUGAGGGGAACAUCCAAAAGGGAUAGCCAAAUGAAUCUCAAGUCAUACAGGGAAACACAAAUUAUGCAUAAACACAAUCCUGUAGUAUGUGCAUAUAUUAUGUGGAAAAAACAAUGUGUGAAAUUCUCUGCUACAAUCACAGAUCGGCACCCUUUAUUUACCUAAUGAAGGAUGUUGCAAUCCAUAUAUACAUUACCAUCAUAAUCAAGGGUCAGAUUGGGCCCCUGAAGAUGUAACAAUCAUAAUCAUCACAUGCCGUAGUAUAUGUAGACGUUAGUAUGGUCAUAAGCAUUGGCAGCUGCUUCAUAGAUCUAUUUUGUUAUACGCACAUGUAAACCGAGGAAGGAAGAUAAUUUUACCAACAGUAUUCUCAGGAACAUUGUGUAGUUUUUUUAGUGUUAUUUAUUUUUUAAUGCAUUUAAAAAAAGUCGAAUAUCAAAACAUUUUCAUUUGUAGACAUUAUUUUGUGAAGAAGAAUCUUUUUUCUUCUUUUUUAUUUUUUUUUAUUUGCUGUUACGCUAAUUAUAGCUUGAAAGCCUUUUGGUUUGUUCUAAUACUAAUUUGAAGCUGAGACUAACCAAAGCCGAAUUUGCUAAUAUUUCUAACAUGUUCAUUGGAUUGAGUUUACAUUUAUGCAGUUUUACACAUUACGUGAUUGUUUAAAUCACACGUUGCAGUGACAUGCUAAAGGGUCUGCAUCCACCUCUAGUUUCAAAGUUCUGAGGUAAAAUGUCUGGUUCCUAAAACAAUGUCUGAUCAUAUUCAAAAUUUCCAAUAACAAUUAAUGUUUUGAUUCUUGUGGAAUGCAGUUUUUCUCCCUAUUUUUGAAUCUAUUUCCUCUCACCAUCAUUGGAGGAUGUUAAUCUACUGAAGCAAAGCUUGUCAUUGCUGCUUUUAAGGCCAUUGCACACUGAGUCCGAAAGUUUUGCAGAUUAAAAAAUAAAUACGACCUCACGUUGUGUCAAUCACGUUUACACACUGCCUCCGAAACUUUCGUCCAUCUUAAAUAAAUUCGGAUCAGGUUCGAUUUUCUGCGUUUUCGUAUCUGUAGCAUGCAUUUUGAUAGGAAAGGUUGACGAAUACGAAAAAGGCAUGCGAAAAUUUCAGACUUAGUGUGUAUUGUUAUUUAAUGCAUUAUUUAUAAUGGCUAUUUUGAAAUAGGUUGUUUUGUUGUAUGAUUUAUUAUGAUAUUAUUUUCAUUUGGAGAGAGUUGCAAAAAUAAAAUAU